ACCACAGCCUCGCCUGGAAGCACAACCUCUCCAAACAUUGAGCUAGAUCCGGGAUAGAUGCAUUUCAGCAAAUGAAAGAAAGGACAUCACCGCAAACAAACCCAGGAUCCAUCUUCGAACAUGUCAUCGUCCCCCAAUGAUCCCGCCAGUCGAAGCCAUGCCUCCCUAUCGCCAUCGCACUCCCAAUCGCAUUCGGUGACCGGCCAGGACGUCCCUCUCCAAACGCUCGUACAGCACCUCCUUGCAUCCAAACGGUCCACCCUUUCCUCCAUCAAUUCCGUAGCGCGCGCAGAAGAGAUUGUCAAGUCGGCUCGUGCGGCGUUGGAGGAGAGUGUGAUUCUCAGUGCGCAGACUGGGUUCUUGAGAAAUGGCAUUGCCGGGCAGGUCAAGAUUCUGAAGAGGGUACGAGGAGGUGUGGAGAGCGUGUAUGUGGAAGGCCAGAGGGAUUUUAAGGUAGGAUGCUCUGUGUGCGAUUGCUAUAAAGGGGCAUGCUGAUGGUUUUGGUGUUUAGAAUGUCAUUCGUACGCUUGACGCCGCGAAUUCCCGGUUGGAAUCUACGAUGGAUAUCUUACGUUCAACGAUGGUUGAGGCAGCAUUUAGACCCGAGGGAGAGGAAGCCCGUAAUUUGCUAGAUUUCGUGGAUGAACAAGGUGUUGAGAGCAUGCGAGAUGCCUUGAAAGAAUCGAUUCGGGAGACCAAGGUACAUACUGACCCCUGGAUAUUCUCACGUCUUGCGGAUUCACCCUGACAAGCUAUCUAGGAAGCUCAAGCAGAAUUCGAUUCUUCAAUUUUAUCUUUUGAUGAUGAUCUCCAAGCUCUCAAAGAAGCCACCAACAACUCCAGUUCAUUCCAAUCCAAUCAUGACCUAUCGGCUCCUCUAGCCAACCAUAUCCAUAACCUUGAAAGUAACGCCCAAGAAAUGGCACUGCUAAUGGACUCCCUUAUUAAACAUUUCGAUCUUUGCAAGACUGCAAUUCGGCAUACAGAAGGUGGAUGGGCGGCCGUAGCAAAAGCUGCUUCCUCCCAACCACCUGGUACCGAAGCAGUCUCCGUUUCAGGGGUCAUGACAACAGAAAAUGGAUCCACGGACGAUGAACCCCUAUCCGAAGAGGAUAGGAAAGCUAUGCUUGACAUCCUAGAAAAGGACGCUUCACAAGUUGAUGACGUAGUACUGGAAUUGAUGGAAUUUCUCGAUGAAAUGGAAGGUAAACAUGAAGCUGUGCAAGAACAUUUAACAUCCCUCACCACCACAUAUCGGGAUACAACGAACGCAUAUCAAAUCCUUGAAGGAGUCGGCAGCCGACUUCCAGGCUACAUAAUCGCAAGCCAAGAUUUCAAAGCCCGCUGGGAAGAAGCAAAACUUCAGAUCCAAGAACAACUCUCGGAACUAGAAUCCAUGCGUCUAUUCUACGAAAACUACUACUCAGCCUACGACAGUAUGAUCCUUGAAGUCCACAGACGAAAGCAGUGUGAGGAAAAAGUGCGGAGUAUUAUGAAGAAGGCCAUGGAGCAGAUUGAUAAGGUUUAUGAUGUAGACAUGAAAGAGAGGGAAGGCUUUCGAAUGGAUUCUGGGGAGUAUCUUCCUGUUGAUCUCUUCCCUGGGAUUAAUACUCCGGCGCCGAGGUGGGAUUUUGUUCUUGCGGAGGAUUUGGAUCCUGCGUUGGCGAGUCAGCCUGGGUUGGAGAGGGGCGUUGUGGAGGCUGCUUUGAGGAGGGAGAAGGAUAGGAGGAGGUUGGAUAGGUGAGAGUUAUAAAUGGGUUCUCUUUCUUGCAAAAUAUAUGGGAUGUUGAGUAUUUUGAAAAAC